AUGAUUAACCUACUAAUAAGGCUGAAGAAACCAUUGUGCAAUUUUAAGCUUAACCGUAAGCAAGAGUUAACAGUUUACAGAACAUGUCAGCAGGUGUGGAUAUUUGGCGACGUUUGGUGUCAGAUGUGGUUGGCCUUGGACGUGUGGAUGUGCACUGCAUCCAUAUUAAAUCUAUGCGCCAUAUCUCUGGACAGAUACGUGGCCGUAACCAGGCCCAUAACCUAUCCAAGCAUUAUGUCGCAUUCACGGGCUAAAAUGUUGAUAGCAGGCGUUUGGGUGCUCAGUUUUGUGAUAUGUUUUCCACCUCUAGUCGGAUGGAAGGAUGCCAAGGUAACUCUAAACAUUUUACCUUUUAAAAACACAUUAUCAAGUCAGACCAAGGAAUUAGUAGUUACCUUCAUAAUCCAGAAAAGGGAUGAGGAAUCCGAGAAAGAAAUACCUAUAUGA